UAUUGUAUAAAUGCAAUUCAUAUGGUAUGUGUCUAACACAUGUUGUUAUCGGGGGAUUCUAUGCCGGUUACGGAUGAAUUGUCUCAUCAAGGUUUAUUAGAUGAAAAGGCGUCACCUUCGUCUUCUCAGUUUCCAGGAGAUGGUGCCGUUCCUGGUUCCCAAAACGACAACAAAUCUACUAAGCAAACUAAAUCUGCAUUGAAUGAGGAGGAUUUAGUAGAGCAGGACCUCUCUGAGGAGGAGAGUGUCCAUGAACCAUUUGUUCAGAGAUAUCGUCCCGGCGUUUCCGUAGAUGUCAAGCUUAAGAAUGUGUGGAAAAACCACGAUGAUGGCGCUAAUCAUCAUGUUCCUAUGAUCAUUGACUUUUACGAGGAAUGCCUUCGUACAUACCGCGAUGAACGCCUUUUCGUUUACGAGGAGGGAUAUCUCAUGCAACGUAAGAACAACGCUGCGGAUGCAGCAGCUGCCCGUGUGCGUAGCAGGUUGACAAACUCGCAGUUGAAUGACACUCGAGGUGAUUUAGUGUUAGACAAUGAAGAGCCAUGUUCUCAACAGGGUCCUGUUGAGGUUACUCUUGACGAUGUCAUGUGGAUGAAGGAUCGCCCUAACAAUCCCUUAUUACGAUGCAUUCAGUCAAUUACAGACCGUUUAAACAUUCAGGGUUUGGUUGGUGAUCCCGUAUCGUAUUUAAAGAUUGGUGGUGACGACAUGCAUUACGACAUAGACGACCCAUUUAUCGAUGACCGGGAUAUGUUCAAUGAGUUGCAGAUAUCUCGUGACGAUUUAAUGAUGAAGAAGGCAAUGGAAAAAGACUUUUCAGUAUGGAGUGAGGAUGAGGAUGACGAUCACGUUGGCGUGCUUCGUGCUACAGACUUCAUAUCGCAAUACGCUUCGCAGCUACAAUUAAAAGAGGAAACUACAUCUAGUGAUUCAGAGAAUGUACCAUUAUUUUUUCAUUCCUCUGGUUGGCGUCACUAUGCUCAGCGCAUUCCUAAGCAGUUUACAUACAUAUUCAAGGAGCUAGAGAACAAGUAUAAGAGCUUCGAGGGUGACUUGGACAAUGCAGCUUUGAGGACUAUGGUACACGACCUUUUAAGUGCUAUAUUCUUGAGAUUGACUAAAUUCAGUGUUCCUCGUCAUAGGAAGGGCACAAGUAACGAUGCAGCAACAUCGGAUUCUAAGGAAGCUGAUGACGAUCAGGUGGCUUCAUUAGCUCGUUACGGCCUCGAUUGCAUCGGUGUUGGUAAAAUCAUUGGCAUUAACGGUCGCAUUUUACGUUGGAUCGUUGCUUCCAUUGGUGAGGUUACUAACGCAGUAUCAUGUCGUGAUAUGCACAAGGAGUGGAUCAGGCUGGUCCUAGAACACAAUGAGGGCUGUAUAGUCGCCAUGCGUGACCGUAUGAGUGAGAAGCUGGCUACCAGGGUAUCUCAAAUAAUGUUGAAGCGUGGCGACAAGGUGUUUCACAAACUUUCUGAAAAUAUGAAGACCAUGUCAAAAUCAGUCCUUGCUGUACGCCGACUUAUGAGGAAGUAUGAAGAAGCCGCCGAGGCAUAUAAUAACCCAGAGAAUGCACCGUCUCAGAAAAGUGAGCCUGCUGUCCACUCAGUACAAAAAGUGAAGGCUGUUUUGCCCGAGACAGUUACUCCAGUGAAGCAUGUGGUACCUGAUGAUACCUUUUCUGCUUCACCAUUUGAAAUCGACCACACCCCGUUUAGAGUAGGUAUGGCUAACAUAUCAAACCUAGGCUACACAUCUACAUUGGAUGGUAUAGAAACACAAUCUGGAAGUCGUGUAUCUCCAGGUACUAUUACGUUAUCUGCCGGGAACGAGACUUCAGACAAUUGCCAAAGGGAUUCUGUUAAUAUGGACAGCUUGAAUGAUGAUGCUGAAGAGGGGUCGCUUACUGUAGAUGACCUUCAGUCCUAUAUAGAAGGGAAUAAGUCCGAGAGUCCCCGAUGCUCCGAUGACGGAUCAGGCUCUGAAUGUAAAGAGGUAUCCUUCGUAAAUAUGAUGCGCAAGUGGUCUAAAUGGCCACGGGUCUCGUUCCUCUAUUCACUGUACAAGCAUAUAGCGCUUGAUAUUCUCACAUGGGUCCAGAUGAUUAAUCUAGCCACUGCUACACAAAUCAGUAUUUCCAAUACCGAUUUCAAGGAGAUGGUUGCCAGUGAGUUAUCUGUACCUUAUAUAUUUGAUAAGGCUUAUAUGCGCAUAUCGGAUUUGUUUUCUACGGUGAUAUUUCAAACUACCGGUGUGAAGCUAUCGAUUGGUGCUGACAUAUCGCGUAUAGUGGUGAUGUACCUACACGAAACGUCGUGCAUAUUCGAUUUAUACGAGCGCGCAAGUGACCAGAAGCUUGUGUUUUACAACAAUUCUGACGUAUCUGCAUCUGAAGGUGUCCUGACACUCACUGGAGGAAAGAAGCGAAAGUCAGGGUCCAAAGAGAAGCCUUCGAAAUCAACAGUAUCACAGGAAAACACUACCCAGGUUGACGAAACUAAGCCAGCAAAGACCAAAAGUAAUCGCUCACGGAAAAAGAAGAUUACGGUAGAGAUAACAGAAAAUAACCCUCAGUAAUGCUAUUUGU